AUGAUCACUACGAACGGCGUCAGUGAGAACCAUGAAACAAGUAACCAAAUUGAGUACUGUACAAAUCCCAGUACUGGGAGACCUGCAGAAGAAAAAAAUAAUUCUGUGGAAAACAAUAAACCAAGGAGAAGGCGAGCGGCAAGAAGGAAAAUUAGUGAUGCUCGCCGCCAAGAACUCGAAAAAGCUCAGAAAACAGCACGAAGAGUAAAAGCGGAGGAAGAGGAGGCGAAAAAAAAACGUGAAGAAGAGAACAAGAAGAAGGCUAAGGAGGCCGAGGAGCAUAAGAAGCAGCUGGAAGAAGAGCUGCUUGCCGCACAAAAGAAGCGUGAAGAAGAAGAGCGCCGCAAGGCUGAACUGGCGCAAAAGCGGCGUGAAGAGGCAAAGGCACGCAGGGAGAAGCUUCAGCAAUUGCAGGAGGAGCGAAGGAAGGUCAAAGAGGAUGUACGUGAUGAAAGCGCCCAGCUGCUGGAACAAACUCGUCGUGAGGAUACCGAGAAGAAGAAGGCUCUGAUUGAAAAGCUGAAGAAGGAUGAGGAGGAGAUCGCGAAACGGCGCGAAGAAGAAAACGCAAGGAAGGCUAAGGAGGCUGAAGAGCAGAAGAAGCAGCUGGAAGAAGAGCUGCUUGCCGCACAAAAGAAACGUGAGGAAGAAGAGCGCCGCAAGGCUGAGCAGGUUCGAGAGCAGCGUGAUUCGCAGAAGAAGCGGCUCGAAGAAGUUAAGAAAAAUUUGGAGGAGGAGCGAAGGAAAGCAGCGGACGGUUUGUGGGAGUAG